AUGAUAGCGUCAGGUGUUGCCGUGGAACUUCUGUCUUCCGUGCUUCAGUACCCAGAUCCACUGCGCGCUCCGGCCAACAUUGGCGAACCCGGACGAUUCGUCGUCGUUGUUGGGUGCAACGCCACAUCAAGUUCGUGGAUAUCUAUCACGAUUCAGCCAGAUGACCCCAUGUGUACGGCGAUUCGAGAAAGUGUGUCGCUUGUGGUGAUGAACUGUCCGUCGUAUCUAGAAAAGCUGACGGGACUGGAUCAGCUCCAAGCCUCUAUAAACGACGUACAUAUCGAAUUCAGUGAUGAUAAUGACUCGGUGAUGUCUUUGUAG